AUGGAAGUGGGAGAAUAUCGCAAUGGACUUUGCGGAUUUCUGAGAUCAGCAGGAGGGCACAAUGCUAUAUGGGUAAUAGUGGACCGUCUAACGAAGUCCACUCAUUUUCUUCUGGUGAAAAUGACAUUCAAUGUAGAUCAGUUGGCACGAGAUCUGAGAUUUACAUCUAAGUUUUGGAAGAGCUUGCAAGAGGCAAUUGGGAAUCGUAUUUACCUUUGGUGGAAUUUACAUAUAAUAACAGUUUCCAAGCAACUAUUCAAAUGGCAUCGUAUGAAGCUCUUUAUGGUAAAAGAUGUAGAUGACCUGUUCAUUGGGAUGAAGGUCGGAAGUAUGGCUUAUCGAUUAGCUUUAUCGCCUGAACUAUCAGCAGUUCACAACGUAUUUCACAUAUCGAUGAUCAAGAAGUAUAUGCAUGAUCCUGAUCACAUGGUCAAUUAUCAAUCCCUAGAUGUACGUAAAGAUUUAUCUUAUGAGGAAUUACCAAUUAGAAUACUGGAUCGAAGGGUACAUAAAUUACAGAACAAUGAGAUUCAACUGGUCAAGGUGUAA